GACGUACUGGCGGGAAUUUUGUUGUUUAUAAUUUUACUACUUUGAGUGUGACAGGUUUAUUGUUAUCUUGUGAAGCUACCUUUGUAAAGCUUUAUUUAUUUGUAAACAAUCUUAAACUGAAGCUGAAAGUGGCGCAGUAAUGAUUGGGUGUCACGGAAGUGCAAGUGCCAGUGGCAGUGGUUUUGCCACUCAGAAUUAUGAACAGCGAUGUAUUUGAUUCUGAGGAUUUAUUAGAUGACGAUAGGAAGUCAGAUGUUCACGAAUUCAGUGACAAUGAAUGCAGUGGCCCACUGGCUAUGGAUGGAUCAGAUGAAGAAGAUGGCUAUAGUUUAGACAGCAUUAAGAAGAAUGCAAGGAAAGGAUACAGACAAAAGUCAGAUAAGAAUAAUAAAGACAAAGGGGUAAAAGAUAAGAGACCUCGGAAGAGUGCAGAAGGGAGAAAUCAGAUCCACAGUGAAACACAGAGGAUUAUUAGACAAUCAAGCGUGUCCCUGCCGUAUCAUAAGCCGAAGCCACUUACGUUGGCCGAGUUUCUCACCCGAAAGAAAGAAACGCGCCCAAUAAAGUUGACACCAAGUGAGAUACGUCAUGAAGCCAAAUUGCAGAAGGCAGCAUCACGGAAGGAGCCUCGUCGUUCUUUGCCCGAUCUUGGCGGAAACGACGAUGCUACUAUCCAGACGGAAAGUUCCUUGUGUGUGUCAAACGACGAUGCUACUAUCCAGAAGGAAAGUUCCUCGUGUUUUUCAAACGACGAUGUGCGUGACUGUGUCAACGGAACCAAUGACGAGCUGCCAGAUCUCAGCAUUGUCAUCGGCCAGAGUGCUGCGGUCGGCGAGACCCCCAGUGCGUCCGGUGAUAGAGUGGAGACGGGAGGUAUGCCUGAGGAUAGUGUGGGAAGAAAUGUGGCUCAAGACGCGAGUUUUGUCGCCGUAGACAUCGAUCUGCCAUCAUCAGUUGCUCCUCUAACUCCAAGUGACGAGAAAGCAGAGUCUGUAGGUCUGAGUGUCCACCCAGAUACGAACGCGAUCGAAGGAGAUAGCUGGCAACCAGUUACUAAUCGGGAAAGUGAAGCUGGUGACCUCGUACAGGAAAGCGAAUCCCUGAACCUCGUACAGGAAAGGGAAUCCCUGAACCUCGUACAGGAAAGCGAAUCCCUGAACCUCGUACAGGAAAGCGAAUCCCUGAUCCUCGUACAGGAAAGCGAAUCCCUGAACCUCGUACAGGAAAGCGAAUCCCUGAACCUCAUCCUGGAGGAAGAUGAGAAGGGGAAUCCUGCUGUCGACCAGAAAAUGACAGCUGUGGUCGACGCGUCGCCAGAGAGAAAGGCAAAGUCUUUCCGCUUCGACGACGACUUGGACGACGCAGAAGCAGCUUGGCCAGGCGUCGGUGAGAGUCAGGACUGUGCACCCUCGACGUCGGGGUUGAUGUCGCCGAGGAGAAGGAGCGGAGUGACGCCGAAACUUGCUGCUCUGAAGCUACAAGCUCUGAGGAAUGCGCGUGUGGCGCCUCGUCUAAGCAGCGGGCCGAAAGAUUAUAUUAAACUCUCCGGGCAAGAGAUGGCGCCACCACAGCCACGCGGCAUGGUUGACCUGAAGCAGCGGUUCAUGAAGCACACUGCAAAGCAAACGCCACGUCGACGACACGAUGUGCAGCUGCAUAUUGUGCAUAAAGAGGCAGACACACAGGGAAAGGAGAUACUGGUCACUGAUUCUAUCAACGUGUCAAUCUCAGGAGAUGAAGAGACUAACCUUCAGCAUAAUAAACCUGGAGCAAAACUGCUAAAGCUGCGUGAAUCCCUAAAAGUGAAAAUCAAGGAAAGAAGAGACCAGAGCCUGCAACGAAGAACCGAACUGUACAAGCUUGAUAAUGAGGAGGAAUGUGAGGGAGAAGAGGAAGAUGUUGAGGAAGAGGAGGAAGAAGCAGAAGAGGAGCUCACAACAGAUGAAGAAAGUGAUGAACAGGUUUCCGAGAACAAGGUUAAGAGAAAGAAAUCCAAAUGCACUUACGUAACCGAGGAGUGUGAAGAAGAAGCAGCAGAAGGUGGUGAUGAUAGUGACGACGAUGAUGAUAAUGAGGAAGAGGAUGAUGAAGGAGGAGAUGCAGAUUCAGAGGCUGAAGAUGAAGAUUUACAGCAGGUCGAAGAAGGUGGAGUAGAAGAGGAAGAGCAGAUGGAGUUGACUUUACACACAGACUCGGAGAGUGAUGAUGUACCAGAUGAUAAGGGGGGAGAGAGCCGUUCGAUCGCAUCAAAGUUUACUUGGAAGCAAGUAUCCCCAGUCUGUAACUCCAUCAACACCAUCCAGGACCUCUUUGGCACAGGGCCUAGCUCAAGUGAUAAAAGCAGGAGUCCUGCCCUUACGAAUCUUAAAAAGAGGCUCAGCCAUGAAACUAUGCAUGGAGCCCUGUCACAUCAAAAGUCAAAGGACCUAUUUGAAGAGCAUGAGUCCCACCCUGCUCGUAUGGGCUUUAUGACUGCAUCUGAUCCAGACUCAAGUUUCGAGUUUGGCGGUUCUAUAAUUCCUCCAAACCAACCAGCAGUAGGCAUGACAGAAGGUGGAACCAAUAUACAAACCCAACAGCCGGAAUUUCUCACUCCUAUGCCAAGAGAGAAAGCAUUUGCUUUAUUAAGAUCGGAUUCCAACAGCACCAAAAUGUUAAUGCCUGUUGAAGACUCUCAGGACUUGUACGAAGGCACGACUGGAAAGCAGGCGACAGUCAGUUCGUCGAGUGAGUCACAGCUUGGUUUUCGUCUGCCAAUGUACGAGGACAGCCAGUUGAGCCAGUUGCUGGAUGCAGAUGGCUUCUUAAAGACGAGGAAGAGCAGCGAUAAGAAGAGCCACAAGCAGAAGCUGCCGAUGACGGAGGAUGACAACGCGGCCGACAUGGGAGAGCUGCUGCAGCUCUGCUCGGGGCAAUUUGCGACAGACACGCCCAGCAGCCAGGAGCGCAAGUCCGCGAAGAACCUGUUUGGCUCGCGUGCAGACGACGGCGAGACGAUGGAAGAUCUCGUCAACCUGUGUUCGGGAACGUUCGGCGCGAGUAGCGAACCGCAGACGAUGUUCGCUGCGGGUGGAGAAGCUGGAGGCGUGUUCGGCGGUGGCGAGUCGCGCCUCAAAGGGAUAUUCGGAAGUCAACUCGACAGAGUUCCGAGCAAAGCCAACAUGAAGGAGGUCGUCGGACUUUGUUCUGGCACCUUCUCUGCUGAGCCAAGCAUUGAACCAGAUGAGCCAACAGCAGUCGCCCCGUCAAAUUGUGGGAGCAGCUCCAUUGCAUGCUCUGAGACAUUUACACCCCAUCUAAGCAGUAACGGUCACCAGGAAACCAAUACUGCAUCGAUAAUGGCAACGUCACAGGAUAACCAUCUUGGGUUUACUGGCUUCUUUACUGGCGGCGGACGCCCAACCCCGGCCGACCCCGAGGAGGAGGCGCAGGACGACGAUUUCGUGAUUGUGACAGGUCACAACUUUGACAGCGACGACGACGACGACGAUGACGAAGACGACGAUGAAUUUGUCGUUUGUCGGCGGAGAAAGGCGCGGCCGCCGACGGCUGAGUCGGAUGCGGAGGCGAGCGACGACGCGUCGGCGAACAUCGACUUUGAGCCGAACCUCGGCGACCUUGGCUCGGGGGUCAAGAAGCGAAGGUCGAGAAUCCGGAGGCCGGUGUUUAGCGACGAGGAGGAAUCGAGCGUUGUUGCGCACGAGUGGCAGGCAGCGGAGGACAAUUCUAGCAGGGGCUUUCAACUCAUUGCGAACACUAGAAAACAGGUCAUCAGUAAAGAAUUUCUUGAGGCAGAGGCAGAGUUGUCCGGCAGUGAGGUGGGUAGCGAUGAGGAUUGGGAUGGGGCAGAGGAGGAUGACGUUAUGGAGGAGGAGAUGGGAGACAUUGAGGACCUUCCCUCCAACAAUGAACUACGAGAUCAGAUCAACAAGGUUCACAUGAAACAAAUGAUAGACGAUGACAACAGAGAGCUGAGGCUAUAUCAGGAGGCCUUCUUAGAGGAUGGAGACUUGUGGAAUGGCAGCAAGGGUAGACAGCGACAGUUCAAGUGGAAAAAUAUAGAUGACAUAAAUGACGCCGAUCGACCCUCCGGCUAUGGGUCUGAUGAUGAGAAUGUGGUCAGAGACGAUGUGGAUGAGCAGGAUAGCCAGUGGCGUAAAGCCAGGUUUGAGAGAGACCAGUGGUUGCAAGACAACAAGAAAUCAAUUGAUGCAGAGUUACCAGAAGAUGAGCAGAGUCAACGUUUCAAGUUUGACGAUGCAGUUUUCAAGAAAAAAGAAAACAUACAGCAACAAAAGCUAUUACCUAGUAACCAAACCAACACAGCAAAGAAGGAUGGAGCACCAGUAACACCUACGAAAAUGUUCAAACUAUCUCAAUGGAAGGGCUCGUUCCUGUCUAGAGGAAAGCAUACACUUAGCAAGCUGGCAGCGAUGACUAAGAGUGAGGGCAAUGUUAAUGGACCGAAAAAUUCGAAGAAUUUCGUAUUCGCAGCUGUCUCAUCUGAAACAGAGGGACGGAACACGCAGGUGAGAAGGCCGGCUAGCAUGCCAGCCGUGCAGCCAUCGGUUAAGAAACCGAGGCUUGAUACCGAUGCAAGCAUGUCACAGAAUUCUAUCUUCGAUCUGUUCAAAUGAGGUCUACCCACUCAACUGUAAAGUCGGACAUUUUGUCAAUGGAACGGUAGUUGCUGAAUAUAAAACGCAAGCCUAAUAUGGAUCAGCUGUUCACUGCCACUAUCAACUAUCCAUCCAACAAGGGCAUGAUAAUUGUCUAUACGUACCUUAUUUAUGCAGUCAUGCAGCCAGAACAAGAGCUUCACAAAACACGUCUCUCGUGUACGCUGCAUGCACACGAUAACACAUUUUUAUAGAAAGGGUAGGGAUUUUUGGUGUCAGGACAAAUACCCCCCGGACAAUCACCCCCCGGACAACUUACCCCCCAUGCCAUUUACCCCCCAU